AUGUCGAGCUCAUCCACUUCCUCGUUGGCGACGUCGGCGCCGGCAUCCAAGCCACCGCACAGACUGGUGGUCAAGCCGCUAGGUCAGCAACUCACCAUAACCACCACCAUCAACGGCCGCAAACGCACCCUGGUCGACACAAACGAUGCGCUCCAACUGGCAGAGACAAACUACGCCGUCCGCUUCUACUUUCCUCGUGACGCGUUGCAAUGGUCGUUCGCCCUCAAACCUAGCGACCACGCUGACACCUAUUGCCCUUACAAAGGUUUUGCCCAGUACCACGAUGUCGCCGAAGCUGGUUCCCGCAUCCAGGAACUCAAAGCGGCUAUCUGGUCCUAUGCGACGCCCUUUUCCACCAGUGAUGCCAUCGGCAUUCGAGGCUAUUUCUGCUUGGCAGCUCCUAGCGAGCAAUUUCAGGUCAAGAUCGACGGUCGCGCCAUCGCCGCAGACGAUGCUCGCAAUAUGAACGACCAACUACUGGCUGCAUCGCCUUCCGACGCUUCUUCACCUUCGCUUCCUCGUCAAGUUUUGGAAGAGGAGCAUCGGUCAAGAGCUACUGCCCGUUCUACCAGCGCUACUCUCCAGCCGCCUUCAAUGAAACGCUCUGUGAGCAACGGCUCCACCGCACCGCCGGAGACGUUUCCCAUCUCCCUUCCCCUAGGAGGCGAGCUCGAGAUCGAUUCGACCAACCCCGUCCUUGCCGACAUGCUCUAUCGUCUCGACGACCAAGCGCACCACGAUGAACGUCAUGCUCAUGCUCACCAACACCACGAUGCAGCGCACGCCAAUGGCGCCGGAUCCCCUACUGACGGGCCCGAUGCAGCCACCGUAGCAGCUAUCGAUGAUCAUUUGCUCUGGUUCAAGGGUCAGCCCUGGUACCGCAGACCGUCGGAAAAGUGGCUUCGUCCUUUUGCCUUCUUGAUCGCCAUGGCCGGUGGCAUGUGUAUGGGUCCAAAACUCGAACUCCUUAACAUGUUGGUCUGCGAGAAGGUACUCGGUGAUGCCUACGUCGGUGGUGGGGAUGUCAUCGUGCCACCGCCACCGUUCAACGCCACGAUGCCGUCAUCGCAUGGCAAGGGUGUUACACACCAAACCGUCCACAUCGGUGGCUUCCAGCCUUGGAUUCUCCCCCGCGUCGGCGAGAGUUCUGAAGAGGAUGUUAUCACAUCGUACUUUGCAGCGCUCGACCAGCCUAAUUCGACCGUCAUUCCCGUACCAAGACGACCGAGCAAGGCAUGCUUUGCAAGCCCCGAAGUACAGUCGUCUCUCGCCACGUUGCAGCUGUUCAUGACCUUGUCCAUGGGUAUCCUUGCAGCCCUCACUACCGGCUUUUGGUCGAAUCUCUCCUCGAGGCGAGGACGUCUGCCCGUUCUCCGCGUCUCGAUGAUCGGGAUUGUCUUCACCGACAUUGUCAUUCUCACUGCUGCCCUUGUGCCUCGGUCCAGACUUCCCUUCGGCUACAGCUUCCUUGUGCUCGGCACUACCGUCGAGGGUCUGCUUGGCGGAUACAGCGCCUUGAUCGCUGUUCAUCAGUCGUACAUCUCGGACGUCACGCCGAGCGGAACACGCGCCCGCAUCUUUGCGCAGUUCAUGGGCAUUGCUUACGCUGGUCUUGCCGUCGGUCCUACCCUGGGCGGUCUCGUCGUCAAGCACACGGGUAACCUCCUGGCCCCUUUUUGGUUUGCGCUGGCUAUGCAUCUGCUCUAUGUGUUGGGUGUGUUUUUCUUCAUCCCCGAGAGCACCGGCAAGGAGUUCCGCGCCAAGGCUCUGCAAGAAUACACCGAGUCGCGCGCCGAGAUGAAGCGCAAAGUCGACGAGCGCAAGUCGGCCGAACAGCAGCCUCUCCUCGACUCGCGUAACUGGCAGGGUGAGCGCAAGCCGCUCAGGAAACGCGCCUGGAGGCGGGUCAAGGUGAUAUUCAUGAGCAGCUUCCUGUAUGCGCCACUCGAGCCACUCACCUUUUUGCUACCCAAGAAGGUGGCCGUCGAUGAAGCAGAAAGCGAGGCAGACCGAGCUGGGCCUUCUUCUGGUGCCAGCACGCCCCGCACCAGCGCUCUGGUUCCUCCAGAAGCCUUGGCGUCGCAUAUCUCGGUCUCGCGAGUAGAGCCCAGGACACGCUACGACUUCAACCUCACGUUCCUCUCGCUCACGUAUUUCACCGAGACGAGCAUCUUUGGCAUCAUGUCCUACAAAUUGCAGUACGCCCAAGAGCAAUUCAUCUGGGGCUCGGCCGAGUUGGGCAUGUAUCUCACUUUCCUCAGUGUCGCCCGCGUGCUUGCACUGACGGUCAUCUUGCCGCUCGUCAUCAAGUUGCUCCAUCGACCGGUCAAGGCGUUGCGUCUGCCGCAGGACGGGCCACCUGUCGAGGAAGAGCAAACGGUGGCGCCAGACUCGCGCCGACACUCUACUUUGGAUGAUGAGGGGAGGCCGCAUCGCCGGAUGAGCUCGUAUGGCGCUACUGGUCAGUCGAGCCCGGUUGACAGUACGGACGAGCACGCAGAGGAGGAAGAGGGCGAGUGGGACGACACGAAAAAGUCGGUUGAGGAGCUGUGGACGCUGCGAGCGAAACAUCUGCGUCUCAUCCACGAUAGCAAGUUUGAUCUCAAGCUUGUCAAAAUCUCCGUCGUGGUCAACACCAUCUCGUACGCCAUGCUCAUCUUUUCCAACACGCCGCAGCUGUUCUACCUGGCCACCGCGCUCACGUCGUUGGGUGGGGGUGGCGGUGCUGCCAUGUCGUCGCUUGCGCUGGCCCUGCUCAAAUCGCCCGCCGACGCUGGGAAACUGUUUGGCGCGUGGAGCAUCGCUUCGGCCCUGUCCGGUACGGUGGUGGGACCCAUCUUGUUUGCAGAAGUGUUCAAACGGACUACAAAGACGUUCCCCCCGGCCAUCUUCGUGGUAGGUACGGGACUGUUCGUCAUUUCGUUCCUGAUGCUGUGUGGCGUCAAGGUACGUAAGCCGAUUAGUCUACCUGCGCUGCCUGCCCGACCGCAUCCUGCGCCUUCGACUGAGGAGAGGUCCGAGGUGGACACUGCAACGCCAAAGUCGGCGUAUCGCAGCUCAACGUUCAAGAGCGCCUAUACGAUGAAGACGACCAAGGCGAAUGGUGGUAAGGCCGCGGCGAGUCGUCCGGGACUGCCGGCAUUUGAGUGA